AUGCCCAAAUCCUCCCCGUGCGUAUUCCCAAGGUCAUUCCUGUGGCUGGCAUCUUUAGCUACUUUGGUGGUGCAGUCGGUGCUCUCUUCCUCCUACUCUUCUUCAUCCUCCUCUACAUAUCAGAGAUCUGCAACCGGUGGGAAGCGGCUGGGCUUCAUGGAGAGGACGCUGGUUCUCCUGGAUGUCAACACCCGCAGUCCGAUCCGAGUCCUCAACGACAACUUCCUUUCUCUGCAGCUGGACCCCUCGAUCAUUAAAGACGGCUGGCUGGACUUUCUGAGCUCCAAGCGGCUCGUGACCCUGGCGCGCGGCCUGUCUCCUGCCUUUUUGCGUUUUGGCGGAAAACGAACCGACUUCCUGCAGUUCAACAACCAGAAGAACCUCGCCAAGUUCAGAGGGCCGGGGCCAGACUAUUACCUGAAGAACUACGAAGACGAUAUAGUGCGCAGUGACAUUGCAUUGGACGAGCAGAAGGGCUGCAAACUGGCCAACCACCCGGACAUAAUGCUGGAGCUGCAGAGGGAGAAAGCUGCCACCACACAGCUCGUCCUGCUGAAAGAGCAGCUGUCCAACAUCUACAGCAACAUUAUGAUAACAGCCAGGUCUUUAGACAAACUGUACAAUUUUGCCGACUGUGCUGGUCUGCACCUGAUCCUGGGGCUCAACGCGCUGCACAGAAACCCAGACAACUCCUGGAACACCUCCUCCACCCUGAGCCUCCUCAAGUACGGCGCCGGCAAGAAGUACAACAUCUCCUGGGAGCUGGGCAACGAGCCUAAUGCCUACCGCAGCAUGGUGGGCCGUGCGGUCAACAGCACUCAGUUGGCACAGGACUACAUCAAGCUGCGGACCCUGCUGCAGUCUGUACGAUACUACCACCGAGCUCACCUCUACGGCCCCAAUGCAGGACGACCCCGCAAGAACGCCAUCCUGCUGCUGGACGGGUUCAUGAAGAACGCUGGCUCUGCUGUAGAUGCAGUUACGUGGCAACAUUAUUCCAUGGAUGGCAGAGUGAACAAAGUGGAGGACUUCCUAAAAACUCGUCUGUUGGACACGCUGACCGAGCAGAUCACGAAAGUCACUAAGGUUGUGAACACACAUACUCCCGGUAAGAAGGUGUGGCUGGGUGGACUGGGGCCGGCAUGGGCAGGAGGCCUCAGUAAUCUCUCUGACACGUACGCUGCUGGCUUUCUGUGGGUGAACGCGCUGGGUAUGGCUGCUGCGCAAGGGAUUGAUGUUGUCUUGCGUCACUCAUUCUUUGACUACGGAUACACUCACCUUGUGGACCAGAACUUCAACCCUUUACCUGAUUAUUGGUUCUCUCUGGUCUUCAAGCGUCUGGUAGGUCCGAGGGUUUUGGCCGUGCGAGUGGCCGGACUGCAGAGGAAGCCUCAGCCAGGACGCGUCAUACGAGACAAGCUGCGUAUCUACGCCCACUGUACCAGCUACUACAAUCAUAACUAUGUGAGAGGGGCCAUAACAAUCUACAUCAUCAACCUGCAUCGGUCUCGAAAGAAAAUCAAGUUGGCGGGGACCUUACGGAACAAUACCGUCCAUCAGUACUUGCUGCAACCCUACGGCACUGACGGACUCAGAGCCAAAUACGUCCAGCUGAAUGGGGAGAAGCUGCUCAUGGUGGAGAAUGAGACGUUCCCAGAGUUGAAGCCCAAGACAUUGAGAGCUGGACGGACGAUAGCCAUGCCUCCCAUGACCAUCGGCUUUUAUGUCAUCAAAAACAUUAACGCAUACGCCUGCCGAAGAUAG